AUGAACGCUAUCCCUUAAUAUUUUUAAAAAACUUCUAUAUAAAAAGAUAAAAACUUUCUUGCAUUAAAUAAUAAGCUCUAAAGAGAUCUUUCAAAGUUAAUUCUCAAAGAUGAAUGGGCAUUUAAAGAUGAAUAAUUAAUAGGAUUAUUAGAAGGUUAUGGCAGCAUAGAGGGUGGUUGUGUGAAGAAGUCAAAAAUAAUUAUGGAAAGAUUGGAUAGUAAUUACAAAAUUGAUGAAGUUGACAAAGCUAUUUAACUUGGAUCAGCUUUGACUAAUUUAAUAUAAAACCAUAAAACUCAUAAUAAAAUACUUUAUUAUUCAUUGCUGUCAAAGUGCUUAGAUUACAUUCACUAAAAUAAAGGUGAAAUCCAUUAUCCUGACUAGAUUGUAAAUCUUGUUAAUAUGGUUGUUUAGCCUGAGUAUAAAGAAAUAACUAAAAUUGAAAAUUAGAUUGAUCCUAUACCUGUAUUUAGAGAAAUUCUUAUGCUUUAAUUUAGAGAUGACAUACAUCUUGUAAAGCAAAGUGAAAUUAUCUAAAUGAUAAUAAAUAUUUUGAAAUAUAGAAGAAAUAACAAAACUGAUUCAGAAUUCUUAAGAGAUAAGUUAGUUCAUUAUACUUUUGAUCUCAAUAAAAAUUGUAGUAUCUUCAAAAAUUUACACAUGAUUCCUGUUUCAAUCAGACAAAUGUUCACUCUUUAUUAUGAGAUAUCAAAAUUCGGUUCUGAAAAAUAUCAUCAAAGGAUAGAUGCCAAUAAUUUAUCAUAUAUGCAAUCGAUUUUCCUGAUAAUGAUGCAAGAUAUCGGAUAAGCAAUGAAGGAUAAGGAGAAUGAUAAAUUAAUAUCAAAGCGUAAGACAUUUGAAAAAUAUGACUUUGUUUUGAUCUAAGACAAGCAAGAUAAGCAUUUUGUGAAAGGACUCUGUAAUGGUAUUAAGAAAUUCCCAGUACCGAUUUAUCUUUAGCUUAAAAAAGGCAAACUUAAUAAUUAAGUCAUGCAAAAACUUUAGAAACUACUUAGAUCAGAUCCAGAAGUUAUUCUUGAUGUUGAUUCAAAUCAAUUUUAUGAGGAAUGUGUGAAAAUUACUUUGAAUCGAUUAUUAUAUAAUAUGAGUGAUCGAUCAUUUAACUACCCUUAAUAAAAGAUAUUUUCGAGUAGAGAUAGUUAAUUACAUUCAGAAUCAUAAAGUGAUAGUGAUAAUGAUUGA